GUAGUGACGGGAUUCCUGUGCUGUUGCAGAAACCCGAUUUUCGGAAUGUGGCUGCGCUGUCGCUGGGGUCUUGAGACAUUUGGUGAAACUUCUGAAGGCUGGGACGAGGCUACGCGGUUCAGUCAUUGCUGGAACUUGUCGUUCGAGUAACAAAGAGCGGAACUACUUUUAAGUAAUUCCCUGCAGCCAUGUCGCCAGCUCCAUCUGCGGCUUCGGUUCCGGCUCCGGCGUCCGUCUCCGUGUUUGACCUCAGUGCGGAUUCUCCAGUCCUUCGGGGCCUGAGCCUGGUGAGCCAAGCUCCCGGGGAGACUCUGGCCAGGGCUCUGCGUACUUCCUGUCCAGAUUCAGGGGAGAAAACAAGACCAGAAAGAAAAGCACUCCAGGGUCCUGUGGAUAUUUCAGAGAAAUUAUUUUGUUCAUCCUGUGACCAGACCUUCCAGAAUCACCAGGAACAGAGAGAACAUUAUAAGCUUGACUGGCAUCGCUUCAACCUAAAGCAACGUCUCAAGAACAAGCCUCUCCUGACUGCCCUGGACUUUGAAAAGCAGAGCUCCACAGGAGAUCUUUCCAGCAUCUCAGGAUCAGAAGACUCAGAUAGUGAGGAGGACUUGCAGACUCUGAGCAAGGAGAGGGCUGAAUCUGAAAAGUCCAACAGACCCUCAGGCUUCUAUGCCCAUCGGGUUCUUUUCCAAAAUGCCCAGGGCCAAUUUCUUUAUGCCUACCGCUGUGUUCUAGGCUCUCACAAGGUUCCCCCAGAAGAGGUAGAACUGCUGUUACAGAACCUGCAAAGUGGAGGGCCCAGGUGCUGCGUGGUGCUCCUGGCUGCAGCUGGGCACUUUGCUGGUGCUGUUUUUCAAGGAAGAGAAGUGGUGAUACACAAAACCUUUCACCGCUACACUGUGCGGGCCAAGCGGGGCACAGCCCAGGGACUUCAGGAUGCCCAGGGUGGGUCAACACGCUCUGCUGGAGCCAAUCUGAGGCGCUACAAUGAAGCCACACUGUAUACGGAUGUUCGGGACCUGCUGGCAGGGCCAGCCUGGGCCAAGGCACUGGGGGAGGCUGAGACAAUCCUGCUGCGCGCUCCCCGCUCUGGGCGUUCCUUGUUCUUUGGUGGCCAUGGGACACCCCUGCAGAGGGAGGAUCCCCGACUUUGGGUUGUCCCCCUCACCACCCGCAGACCCACAUUCCAAGAGGUCCAGCGUGUGUUUCUUAAGCUGACCACCUUGCAUGUCUAUGAAGAAGACCCUCGAGAGACAGUCAGAUCAUAUUCACCUCAGACAUACUGGAAGACAGUGAGAGAGGAGAGGAAGAAGACUGCUGAGGAAGAAAGAAGAAAGGUCCCCAGUGAUGAAAAUGAGGCACUAGGGAAGAUGGAGGAAUUAUCCAAUCAGGGUUCAGGGUCAGAGGGAGAAGAUGGCUCCCAGGUAGAGUUGGAGCUAGUGGAAUUAACACUGGGAACCCUGGAUCUUCAUGAGUUUGAAGUAUUGCAGCGGAGGAGAAGAAAACGGAAUAAAGAGAGAAGUCGAGAGCAAAAGACUGGGGCACAUACAACUCUUCUCCAGAAAUCUCAAGAAAGUGAGCCCUUCUCACAGUCAGACCAGACAGUUGCAGCCCUCUUGGAACCUUUGGUGGAUGAGGCCAAGGCCCCUGAUCAGCCAAAGCUGUGGAAUGUGCUUCUAGCUGCUUGCCGAGCUGGAGACAUUGGAAUGCUGAAGCUUCAGUUAGCUGCUGAGCCUAUGGAUCCUAGAGUUAGGUCCUUACUCAAUGCCCCCUUGGGGUCUGGUGGCUUCACUCUCCUGCAUGCAGCAGCUGCAGCUGGAAGAGGCUCAGUGGUUCAUCUGCUCUUGGAGGCUGGUUGCAACCCCACCGUGCAGGACUCCCGGGCCCGCCCACCUUAUAUGGUAGCAGCUGACAGAUCAACACGUAAUGAGUUCCGAAGGUUCAUGGAGAAGAAUCCAGAUGCCUAUGAUUAUAAGAAGGCUCAGGUACCAGGGCCACUGACCCCAGAAAUGGAGGCACGACAGGCCACACGGAAAAGGGAGCAGAAGGCAGCCCGGCGGCAACGGGAAGAAGAGCAGCGGAAGCAGAGAGAGAAGGAAGAGCAAGAGCAAGAAGAGCAGUGGAGGUUUGCUGCACUCAGUGACCGAGAGAAGAGAGCUCUGGCUGCAGAACGCCGACUUGCUGCCCAGUUGGGAGCUCCUGCUGCUCCGAUCCCUGACUCUGGAGUCAUCAAUGCUGGACGCUGCUGGAGCUGUGGGACUUCCCUCCAAGGACUCAUUCCCUUUCAUUACCUCGACUUCACUUUCUGCUCCACACGUUGCCUCCAGGACCAUCGCUGUCAGACUGGGAAGCCCUCUUCUUCCUGACCUCUUACAGCUCUACCUGGGCCAAGUGUAGGCCCUGAGAGGGCAAAUUCACUCCAGCCCUAAGUUUCUUCUUCCCCAUGAAGCCAGAGAGUAUUUGGAAGAUUAGGGUGAGAGAUACUAAGGAACCAGGGCAAAGACAAGGCCACAAACUGUGUGGAGCUGGUACUGUCUCUGGAACUUUAAUCACAAUAAAGUUUGGCAAGAAAACUGCACUUGUACU